CUCGCCGCGGUUCCGCGGCCGCCGCCGCCGCCGCAGGCAGAGCGCAGCGGGCGGGCCGGGCGACGGGCCAUGGCGGGCGCCGAGGACGCGCCGGGCCGGCAGCCGGAGCUGGACGAGGACGAGACGGCGGAGGGCCGGCGCUGGGGCGCGCAGCACGCCGGAGCCCGGGAGCUGGCGGCGCUUUACUCUCCAGGCAAGCGCCUCCAGGAGUGGUGUUCCGUGAUCCUGUGCUUCAGCCUCAUCGCCCACAACUUGGUCCACCUCCUGCUGCUGGCCCGAUGGGAGCACACGCCCCUCGUCAUCCUGGGUGUUGUUGCCGGGGCUCUUGUCGCUGACUUCCUGUCUGGCCUGGUCCACUGGGGUGCCGAUACAUGGGGCUCUGUGGAUCUACCCGUUGUGGGAAAGGCCUUCAUCCGGCCAUUCCGGGAACACCACAUCGACCCCACGGCCAUCACGAGGCACGACUUCAUCGAGACCAACGGUGACAACUGCCUGGUGACGCUGCUGCCGCUGCUGAACAUGGCCUACAAGUUCCGAACCCAAAGCCCAGAGACCCUGGAGCAGCUGUACCCCUGGGAAUGCUUCGUCUUCUGCCUGAUCAUCUUUGGAACCUUCACCAACCAGAUCCACAAGUGGUCACACACAUACUUGGGGCUACCAUGCUGGGUCACUGUCCUGCAGGACUGGCACGUGAUCCUGCCACGGAAACACCAUCGCAUCCACCAUGUGGCACCCCAUGAGACAUACUUCUGUAUCACCACAGGCUGGCUCAACUACCCCCUGGAGGUGAUAGGCUUCUGGCGACGCCUGGAGGACCUCAUCCAGGGCCUGACGGGCGAGAAGCCCAGAGCGGACGACAUGAAGUGGGCCCAGAAGAUCAAGUAGUGUGUCUCGCCUCCUGGUCGCCAGCCUUCCCCAGCCUGAACCGAAGCCAUCUGCCAAAUCCCUGAGACCCCCUCCAAUGACGAGAAGUCCCCUGGGCUGGGCCUGGGCACCCCGUAGCCCAUCCGCAGUGACACAGAAUACUUGAGCCACCGAGUUUUUAUUUCCUCUUUUCCUUUUCUUUCCUUGGGCCGUUCUGGCCACUGAACUGCUCUGAGGCCAAGCCUGACUGCAGAGGGGGCGCCCGGUCCUGCUGGCCAGCCCCAGCCUGCUCACUUGCCCUGCACUGCACACCUGCUCCCUGGACACCACAGGGCUCGCCGACUCACUUGGUCUGUCCUCAGUGACCCAGAGAGCCCCAGAACACUUCAAUGUCCCUGUAUCAUGAUCCUCCCUCAGCCCUGCAAACCGACCCCAGAGGCCUAAGUGGGUGGACCACCCCGGCCGCCACACAAGGGAGGCAGAGCCAGGCAAGGGGCAAAGGGCAGCUGGCAGGGAGAGGCCAGAAUAGCCUGUCCACACUCGGAUACUCCUUUUCCCUUCCCCCACUUUUGUGCACACAUCCAGCCACAUCUGAGGUCUUCAGUAUGAAGAUGUCUUCAUAGAGCACAGCUCUUGUUGAAGGGCUUGGUCAUUUGGGGAGGGUACACUGUGUCCCUUCUGGCCAGUAUGUCAGAGGAAGGGAGAAUAAGGCUUUUUUAUUUAGGUUUUUUUUUUUUUUAAAGGUGCUUGCUUGUCAAUGUAAAUAAUAGAAAGCCUUAAUAUCUUUCUGUAACGGAGUAAUAUUUUAAUGUCAUGUUUUGGAUGUAUAUAAUAUAUUUAUAACAAAGAAAGUCUCCUUAA